CAACACAACACAACCCAACAAAAACCUCAAAAAACAAACAAACAUGGUAUCCUUCAAACAAGUUUCAAUCCUAUUGUUCCCUUUGUUCCUCAUUUCCCUAUUCAAAUCCUCUCAUGCUGGAGGAAUUGCAGUCUAUUGGGGCCAAGAUGGUGGUGAAGGUUCCUUAGCAGAUACUUGCAACACAAACAACUACCAAUUUGUAAACAUAGCUUUUCUUUCCAUUUUUGGCAAUAGCCAAAAUCCACAACUAAACCUUGCUGGCCAUUGUAAUCCAGCCAUAAUAAACAGUUGCACAAAGUUUAGUAGCGAAAUCAAAACUUGUCAAAGCAAAGGAAUCAAAGUGUUACUCUCUCUCGGAGGUGUUGCCGGAAGCUACUCUCUUAGCUCGACCGCUGAAGCCACCGACUUAGCAAAUUACCUAUGGAACAAUUUCUUGGGUGGCACGGCAUCAUCUUCAAGACCAUUAGGUGAUGCUGUUUUGGAUGGAAUUGACUUUGAUAUUGAAGCUGGUGGUGGUGAACAUUAUGAUGAACUUGCAAAAGCACUUAAUGGUUUUAAUUCACAAAAGAAAGUAUAUUUAUCUGCAGCACCACAAUGUCCUUACCCUGAUGCUCAUUUGGAUUCAGCUAUUAAAACUGGUUUAUUUGAUUAUGUUUGGGUUCAGUUUUAUAAUAAUCCUCAAUGUCAAUACUCAAAUGGAAACACUGCUAAUCUUGUUAAUGCUUGGAAUCAAUGGACAUCAAGUCAAGCUAAUCAAGUGUUUUUAGGUGUACCUGCUAAUGAAAAGGCUACAACUACUCCAAAUAGUGGUUUUAUUCCUUCUGAUGUUUUGAAAUCGAAAGUUCUUCCUGCUAUUAGGAGUUCUGAUAAAUAUGGCGGAGUCAUGAUUUGGAAUAGAUUCUUUGAUGGACAAAGUGAAUAUAGUAAUGCUAUUAAGGUCAGUGUUUAAUUAACUAGUUUAAUUUUGUCAAAAAAAAUAAAUUAACUAGUUUAAUUUCUAGUUAAAUUUACAGUCUUCGUUAUGUAUUUGGAAUAAGUAGCAUGUUCAGUAGGUUUUGUUCCUACAUAUUAAUAGAUGCUAUGUGAUCAUUUUGUUUAUGGAGUCUCACCUAUCA